AUGGAUAUACACCAAAUUAAUUGAACCCAAUUUUUGAGAACAAAAAUUAAAAACAUCCCACCUUCAUUUCACCUUUCCCCCAACAUUCACAUGGCCAUGUACCCACUACAAAAAUCACCUUUUCAUUCAAAUGUAUAAGUAUAAAUCGACACCAAAGUUUUCUUUCAUUGCAACAUCCCAAACCAGAAAAAAGAAACAUGGUAACUCCAAGAACCCUACUUAAGCUAGCUCGUAAGUGGCAGAUGGUUGCCGUGGCCGGGAACGGGCGGCGGAGGAUCUCACUGCCAAGAACAAGAAGCUCCUCCUCUGUGGCGAACAAAGGCCAUUUUGUAGUCUACACGGUGGACCAAAAACGGUGCGUUUUGCCCAUAAGGUAUUUGGGAAACUAUGUUUUAAAGGAGUUGUUGAAGAUGUCGGAGGAGGAGUUUGGGUUGCCUGCGGAUGGACCGAUAAAGCUGCCGUGUGAGGCGGCGUUUAUGGAGUAUAUCGUGUAUUUGAUCCGACGACAUGUUGACAUUGAAGUCCAGCAAGCUCUGGUUUUGUCGGUUGUUCCAGCGGUGAAAUGCUGUUGUGAUUCUAGUUCGUUUUCGUCGGCAGCGCCGGUAGCUGAAAAUGACCGGCCGGUGAUGAUUUGUGGGUUCUGAUAUAUGAUUUUUUGUGAAGGAAUUUGAACUUUUUACUAAUCAUAAUUAUUAACUUAUUUAAUCAAACUCAUUAAAAUUCAGUGAUUUAUAUACA